AUGGCCUUUACGGCAUCGGCCCUGCCUAUCGAUCUCGUCAGGCCGGUCUUGCAGCCCGCAGUGUCAGCUCCCUGCAGGCCUGUUCGAAUCCCGGCCACGUCUACCCUCAGAGGUGAACAAAUCAAAGCAGCUUCAGACUCGCCCUGGCAAAAGCGUAUAGGCUUCUUUUCCCUUGGCGGAAAGGGAGAUAUUUAA